CGGAGGGACGCGGAGGCAGAGAGGACUUCAAGAGACGAGUUAACUGUCCAGUCUGAGCUCAGAAGACUUUCUUCAACUUUUAAGACAAGUCAAACAAAAUGCCCAGCACUCGCUCUCAGGGCCGGGCUCAGCCCACGCUGCAGUUCCCCCGGCGCAAGUCCUGCAGAGAGUCGUCCCGCUCCAAGACGCCUCAGCCCCAGAAGUCUCCACUCCCUUCACCAAGCAAGCCUGAACGCCAGCACCUGACCCGCAUCGGGCCGCUCUCCCCGAGACGUCCCGCUGUCCAGCUCACCCCUCUCUCUCCAGGACGUCUGCCACCCUCCUCCCCCGGUCUCCAGCCACGGCUUCCCCUCAGCCCCCGAAAACGCACAGGCGACGACAACGGUUGUAACCUCGGCGCCGCCCUGCUGGGUUCCCCGCCGAAGCAGAGCAAGCCGACUCUGGCCUCGCCCCGAAAACUGGGCUUUGACGAGAACUCGCCGGUCACGGCUCGCCGCCAGCUGGUCCCGUCCUCGCCACGGCAGCCGCUGUCUCCUGCCGUCGCCUUAUCCCCGAGACGCCAGGAAACGCCGACUGGAAGUCCUGCUCGCCAGAACUCUGAGAAGAAGCCGCCGGUCAUUCGACUGUUUGCAGAAAAGUCGAGGUUCCAGAGCGUGAAGCAGGCGCUGCACACCGCCGUCCCCGAGCGCCUCCUGUCCAGGGAGGCCGAGCGGGCGUCCAUCCGGUCUUUCCUGGAGGACAAGGUGCUGCGGCGCGUCCCCGGCAGCCUCUACAUCUCCGGAGCUCCGGGCACCGGCAAGACGGCCUGUUUCAACUGUGUCCUGCAGGAGAUGAAGGCCGAGCUGUCGCAGGUGCAGACGGUGGUGGUGAACUGCAUGAGUCUGAGGAGCUCCCACGCCAUCUUCCGGCUGCUGGCCGACAAGCUGAGAGCGUCCGGAGGGCAGAGCGGCCUGCAGAGGCUCCUGACGGCCCCGGGGCCCGCUGUGCUUCUUGUCCUGGACGAGAUGGACCAGCUGGACAGUAAAGCUCAGGACGUCCUGUACACCAUCUUCGAAUGGCCGUACCUGCCCCAGUCUCGCCUCUGCCUCGUCGGUAUUGCCAACGCUCUGGAUCUGACGGACCGGAUCCUGCCCCGGCUGCAGGCUCGGCCUCACUGCCGCCCCCUGCUGUUACACUUCCCUCCCUACAGCCGACAGGAGCUCACCGCCAUCGUCCAGGACAGACUCGCUCAGGCGUCGGCCGACGGGAUCCUCGACGCCUCGGCGGUUCAGUUCUGUGCCAGAAAAGUGUCGGCGGUGUCGGGAGACGCCAGGAAGGCUCUGGACAUCUGCAGGAGAGCGGUGGAGAUCGUGGAGUCGGACGAGAGAAAGAAAGCGACCGAUUCAAAAGCUGAAACUAAAGCGUCUCGGGUCAGCCUCCCUCAGGUUGCCCGGGUGCUGUCGGAGGUGUACGGCGACCGGAUGGCGGCUCAGAGCGGCGGCUCGGAGGGAGAGAGUUUCCCCCUGCAGCAGAAGCUGCUCGUCUGCUGCCUCCUGCUGCUCAUUCGCAACGGAAAGAGCAAAGAGAUCGUCCUCGGGAAGCUGCACGAGGUGUACAGCCGUCUGUGCGCUCAGCGACAGGUGUCGGGCGUCGGUCAGGGCGAGUGUCUGUCGCUCUGCGGUCUGCUGGAGAGUCGAGGGAUCUUCGCUCUGAAGAAAGCCAAAGAGGCUCGACUCACCAAGGUGUUUCUGAAGAUCGAGGAGAAAGACGUUGAGAACGCCCUGAAGGAUCGGACUCUGCUGGGCAGCAUCCUGGCUGCAGGACUCCCCUCCUGACCACCUGCUUAUUUAUUCUUUUAGAUUUUUAAGUUGAAUGAACCAAGAUUGUUUUUCACUGGUUUGUUGUUUUUUUUAUUCUCAUUUUUGCUGGGAAUUUGUACAUUUCUCUGAAAGUAUUUACUACAUUUUUUUUUUUUUUUCUUCAGCUGCGGUUUGACUCAGUUUUGGGCUGUUUUUUGAAAAAUGUUGAAUUCGCGUCAGUUAUGAAAUGACAGCUGCUGUUUCAGUUGAGAUUUGAAACGUUUCCAUUUUUAUG